AUGAAGCUGGGGGAGGGAUUCAGGUGUGUGGGAACGCAGGGAUGCGCGAAAAAGGGAGGGCAUUCUCCGUCUUGCAGUCCUCCGGGCUCUAGUCCCAAAGGCAAGGCCUCCGGACGUAAGCGAGCGCCUAGGAUUUUGCUCCGCGGACGUUAUAAUCGAGGCCAGAUCAGCGUCAGAACAGCGCUGCCUAGAGCUCGAGAGCGGACUUCGGAGACUCCUGUUUCCUGGGCAGGGACGCCAGGUUUCUGGGCACUCUCGAAGGAGCUUGCUCAGGAAGCAGUCUACACUGUCCCUUUGGUUGUUGGAAGCUCCAGAAUCUUCUCACUGAUGAGCUAAGACUGACAAAGGUGUGGUGAGACUUGGCUAUCUGCUGGACCUGGUUUCCAGGUUUAUUGUUAUAUGUAGGAUUUUUCAGCCAAAGAUUUCCAAGCUUUCAGUUUAGGGACAGGGUUUUCAUUUAAUACCAAUCCUUUCCCUAAGAUGGAACGUGCAAUAAAAUCAUUCAUCACUAGCAUUUAAAUGCUAUUAAAGCCUGGACAGCUAGGAAAAGAAUUCUCAAGGUAUGGAUGAUAAAGGGCACCUGAGCAAUGACGAAGCACCCAAGGCUAUCAAACCCACCAGUAAAGAGUUCAAGAAAACCUGGGGGUUUCGAAGAACCACGAUUGCCAAACGUGAGGGUGCAGGAGACACCGAGGUAGACCCCAGUGAGCAGCCACCACAACAGCAUAGCCUCUCCCUGCGCCGCAGUGGACGGCAGCCAAAGCGUACUGAGAGGGUAGAAGAGUUCCUUACCACAGUUCGCCGCCGAGGAAGAAAGAGUGUGCCAGUCUCCCUGGAGGAUUCCAGUGAACCCACAUCCUCCACGGUCACUGAUGUGGAAACAGCCUCGGAGGGGAGUGUGGAGAGUAGUUCUGAGAUUAGAAGUGGCCCUGCACCUGGCUCCUCAGGGAAGGAACAUCCUGCCUCUUCCGAAAAGGCAAAAGGAGGUGAUGAGGAAGAAGACACCUCUGACAGUGACAGCGAUGGCCUUACUCUGAAGGAACUUCAGAACCGCCUUCGAAGAAAGCGAGAACAAGAACCUGUGGAGAGGCCCCUGAGAGGCAUUCAGAAUCGCCUGCGGAAGAAGCGCCGAGAGGAGGACCCUGCUGAAACUGGGAGUGCCCUAGCGGGCAGUGCUGAUGAGAGUGCACCUCUCUGUAAGCAGGAGCCUGAGGCUAGUCAGGGACCAGUGUCCCAGUCAGAGAAAGAGGACAGAGAAAAUCAGUCAGAGGGGAUAUCAACUCAGGGAAGUAAAGAGGAAGGCCCCAGGGAUGUGGGCAAACCAAAGCCUGAGUGUGAGGUUUACGACCCCAAUGCCCUGUACUGCAUCUGCCGCCAGCCUCAUAACAACAGGUUUAUGAUCUGCUGUGAUCGAUGUGAGGAGUGGUUCCAUGGAGACUGUGUGGGUAUUUCUGAGGCCCGAGGGCGGCUCCUGGAAAGGAAUGGGGAAGACUACAUCUGCCCAAAUUGCACCAUUUUGCAAGUGCAGGAUGAAACCAAUGCCAGUGCCUCUGAUGAGCAGGACCCUGGGUGCAGACCUAUAGGUGCUGAUGGCACAGACUGUACAAGUAUAGGGAUAGUAGAACAGAAGUCUGGUGAAGACCAGGGGAUAAAGGGUAGAAUUGAAAAGGCGGCAAACCCCAGCGGCAAGAAAAAACUCAAGAUAUUCCAGCCUGUCGUAGAGGCUCCUGGUGCUGCUAAGUGCAUUGGCCCUGGGUGUUCCAAUGUAGCACAGCCUGAUUCAGUGUACUGCAGUAAUGAUUGCAUUCUCAAACACGCUGCGGCUACCAUGAGAUUUCUAAGUUCAGGUAAAGAACAAAAACCAAAACCCAAGGAAAAGGUCAAGAUGAAGCCAGAAAAGUUCAAUCUUCCAAAAUGCAGUGUUCAGGCGGGGAUUAAAAUCUCUUCUGUGCACAAGAGACUAGCUUCAGAGAAAAAAGAAAACCCAGUGAAGAAAGUGAUGGUGGCUCCUAGGAGUGAAACUUCAGGGAAGGAGGUAACCUGUGAAAGCACCACACCAUCCUGGGCAAGUGACCACAACUACAAUGCCGUGAAGCCAGAGAAGCCAGAGAAGCCCGAGAAGUCUGAGAAGCCCACUGCACUCUCACCCACCCUAUUGAGUAAAUCCAUGAAGGAAGACAGGAGAGUGGAGGACAGAACAAUGGCAGCAUCUGCAGUCCCAAAGAAGAUGGUUCCUCCAGGCUCCCUGAUGGGCAGACAGACUUCACCUAGAAAUCUUGUUCCAAAGAAGCUUCCUCCUUAUGCUAACGUGGCAGGAGCCAAACCAGCCAUUAAGAAGCUACCCUCAGGCUUCAAGGGUACCAUCCCCAAGAGGCCAUGGCCCUCAGCUACCCCUUCAGGCACUUCUGCCAGGCAGACAGGACCAUCACCUGUGACAGCUGCUUCCAAAAAGUUGCCUGGCUCUGCUGCUGUGGUGGGAGUUAUCAGGAAGCCAAUGUCUGCCAAUGUCCCUGCAGCCUCUCCAGCCCCAGGACGCCUUGGGCCUGUGAGCCCAGCCCCAUCACAGCCCAAUUCACAAAUUCGGCAAAAUAUAAGACGCUCCUUGAAAGAGAUUUUGUGGAAAAGAGUCAAUGACAGCGAUGACUUAAUAAUGACAGAAAAUGAAGUAGGAAAAAUUGCCCUCCACAUUGAGAAGGAGAUGUUUAACUUGUUCCAGGUUACUGAUAAUCGUUAUAAGAGCAAAUAUCGCAGCAUCAUGUUCAACCUUAAGGAUCCUAAGAAUCAGGGGCUCUUCCAUCGAGUUCUUCGAGAAGAAAUCUCCUUGGCAAAACUUGUCAGAAUGAAGCCUGAAGAACUUGUAUCUAAAGAACUUUCCACGUGGACAGAGAAGCCUACAAAAUCUGUGAUAGAGUCCAGGACUAAGUUACUUAAUGAAAGCAAGAAGAACACUGCUAAGCCAGAACCUAUUCCUGACAUGGAAGAUUCUCCACCAGUGUCAGAUUCAGAAGAACAACAAGAAUCAGUAAGAGCUGCGCCUGAAAAGAGCAUGACGCCUCUUCUCGAUGUCUUCAGCAGCAUGCUAAAGGACACGACAAGUCAGCAUCGGGCUCAUCUCUUUGAUUUAAACUGUAAAAUUUGUACAGGUCAGGUUCCAUCAUCGGAGGAUGAACCAGCUCCUAAAAAGCAAAAGCUUUCAGCUUCUGCUAAGAAAGAAGACUUGAAGCCCAAGCAUGACGGCUCUCCAUCUGAUCCAGUUUCUAACUCUGCUGAUGAAGGAAUUGCAGAGACACUGCCUGAAAAUGCCUCUGAGCCAGAACUGGAGAGUGUAUCUAGUCUGAACCAGGAGAGAAAAUGUUUCCCUGGGCCUCCAGGUGAUGGCCAUCCUGAGCCCUCCCCACUGGAUGGCCUCUCUCCCUGCUCUGCCUCUGGUGGGAGUGGGGUGGUUACCACAGUCACAGUGUCUGGCCGAGACCCCAGGACCGCCCUGAGUGGGUCAUGCACAGUCACAGCCUCCACGGCAGCCCACCUGGACAACUCGCACACAUCAGAAACCAAACUGGACAUGCUAAAGCCUGCUUUGACUCCUGCAGUGGUGCCUAAGUCCAUACUGGCUAAGCCAUCCUCCUCUCCUGACUCAAGAUACCUGUCAGUACCACCAUCACCAAAUACGAGCAUUUCAGAAUCACGAUCCCCGCCAGAAGGAGAUACAACCCUCUUCUUGUCUCGACUCAGCACGAUUUGGAAAGGAUUUAUUAAUAUGCAGAGUGUAGCAAAAUUUGUCACUAAGGCAUAUCCUGUCUCUGGGUGUUUGGAUUAUCUCAGUGAGGAUUUGCCUGACACCAUCCACAUCGGUGGAAGAAUUGCCCCAAAGACAGUUUGGGAUUAUGUUGGCAAGCUCAAGUCGUCGGUGUCCAAGGAGCUCUGUCUGAUCCGCUUCCACCCUGCCACAGAGGAGGAGGAAGUUGCCUACAUCUCUCUCUACUCCUAUUUUAGCAGCCGUGGCCGCUUUGGGGUUGUAGCUAAUAACAACAGGCAUGUCAAGGAUCUGUACCUGAUUCCACUGAGUGCUAAGGACCCUGUGCCAUCCAAACUCUUGCCCUUUGAGGGCCCAGGUCUUGAAUCACCACGUCCAAAUAUAAUUCUUGGGUUAGUAAUAUGUCAGAAAGUCAAACGUCCUUCAAGUGCUGGAGAGUUAGAUAAGACAGAUGAAAAGCGGACCCGAGUCCAACAGGAAGAAGUAGAAACUUCAGUCUAUCCCAAAGUAACUGCAGCUUUGCCAUCUGAGAAGAAGCCUCCCAAGUACCAUCUGCACUCUGCAGACACAGCUGCGGGCAGCACUACACCCCCUGGUUCUCCUCCACCCCCUCCUCCUCUUCCUGAACCCCCAGUACUGAAAAUACUGUCAUCCCUCAAGCCAGGGUCCACCAGCACUGUCACAGCACCCACCACAUCAGUGAUCACCACUACAGCUUCCCCUGUCACUUCUGCCACUUCAAAAACAGCUUCGCCUCUGGAGCACAUCCUGCAGACUCUGUUUGGGAAAAAGAAAUCAUUUGAACCCUCCACCAAAGAAUCUGUUGGGUCUACCCUGUCUCCACAUCAGGAUUCCAAGGCCAAGGGGGAGGAUGCCAUGUCAGCAGCUCCUUUGUUGGAUCCAAUUGUUCAACAGUUUGGUCAAUUCUCAAAAGACAAGGCUGUGGAGGAAGAGGAGGAAGAUGACAGGCCCUAUGAUCCAGAAGAAGAGUACAACCCUGAGCGAGCCUUUCAUACGCUGCUUACAGAGCCAGGGAGGCACCAUGACGUGGAAAAUGUCCCUGAGACAGCUGAGAAGGAAGAGGUGGCCUAUGAUCCAGAGGAUGAGACCAUCUUAGAAGAAGCUAAAGUGACCAUUGAUGACCUGCCCAAUCGGAUGUGUGUGAAAGUCAGCUCCAUGGAGAGGCCUGCUGACUUUACCACCGAUGCCACUAAUGCCUCUCUAGUGGAGCAACAGAAAAUGUUAGAAGAGCUAAAUAAGCAGAUUGAAGAGCAAAAGAGGCAGCUGGAGGAGCAAGAAGAAGCCCUUAGGCAGCAGAGGGCUGCUGUUGGUGUCUCCAUGGCACACUUCUCUGUGUCGGAUGCAUUGAUGUCACCACCUCCCAAGUCUUCCCUGGCUAAGGCAGACCUGUUCUCUCAGGAACAGCAGGCCCCUGACCCAAGUCAUGGAGCCCUGGGCGCCAACCACAACUUAGACUCGAGACAGAGUAGGGAUCCGAGGCAGGCCAGGAGGCUGGCUGCCGAGAACAUUGAGAAUGAACCUCUUCCCAGGGCCUCCACAGGAAGCACACCUGGCUCACAAGGCACCCUGCCUGCCAGGGAGACUCCUGCUGCUGGGACUGCAGCAGUCCAGGGCACUGGGCUGACUCCCGAAGCCAAGGAGUCGGUGACUAAUCCCUGGGCUACGGGUGAAAAUGCUGUGUUGAGACCCGAACAUGAUGUCCAGAAGUGCGAGCACCCUGGUAACCCUGUCUCAUUGUCCCUGGACAGCAGCCACUUUUCUACUGCUGGUGAUGGCACAGCCAGGCCAGCUGCACCCCGCAGAGUGCUGCUGCCCACACCCCCUAGCACCACCUUUCCACCCAGCUUCCCUUUGCAACCUGAAGCACAGAAUUUUAGUUCUGGGGGCAGGGAGCCUUUUUCAGGGCCCGUGUUUCUGUCUAAGGAAACAUCUCUUGGCUCAUCCCAAUACGAGGACCCUCGGGGUGCUCAGUCUGCUGGGAGGAGUGAUAGCCCAGUAGCUGAUACUGAGGACAGCAGAGAGCCACAGCUCAGGCCUGGUGAGGGCACUACUCCAUUCCCCCAACCUGGGCAGAGGGGAGGAGGCCCUCAGCCCCAGUUUCCUGGCCAGCGUGAACCUUUACCACGCAAUUUUGGGAUGUCAGGACAUCACGGCCCUAGUUUCCCAGGACCUAGGGGGCCAGUCCCUCCAUUUUCAGAAGAGACUAUUGUUCCUAACAAUGAUGGACCAAGAGGCCCUCCACCUGCCAGAUUUGGGGUCCAGAAGCCACCAAUCCCUUCCUUAUUCUCUGGGCAACAUGGGCCACCUCCCUAUGGGGACAACAGGGGACUCUCACCUUCUUAUCUUGGUGGACCCAGAGGAGGAGCACCCGCUCAAUUUGAAGAACGCAAGGAUCCACAUGGGGAGAAGAGGGAAUUCCAGGACACUCCAUACAACGAGAUGACAGGUGCCCCUGCUCAGUGUGAAGGACCAGAUCAGACCCAGUUCAUGGGGAACAGGGCUCCCUUCCAGUUUGGAGGCCAGCGACGGCCACUCCUGACUCAGAUGAAAGGGCCCCGUGGAGGACCCCCACCGUCUCAGUUUGGAGGCCAGAGGGGACCACCUCCUGGCCAUUUUGUGGGCCCACGUGGGCCCCAUCCUAGUCAGUUCGAAACUUCCCGGGGCCCUCACCCUGGCCAAUUUGAAGGGCCAAGGGGCCAAGCACCAGGUUUCAUGCCUGGCCCCCGGGGUGUUCAGCCCCAGCAGUUCGAAGAGCAGAGGGUGAACUCACCGCCACGGUUUGCAGGUCAGAGGGCACCGGCACCCCUGCCGUAUGGAGGACCAAGGGGGCCUGCACCCUUUGCUGAGAAAAAUGAACAGCCAUCUUCUCGAUUUCACUUUCAAGGCCCGUCUUCACAGCCUGUGAAGCCUCCCCCUCGGCCUCUGCUGGAGCUACCAAGCCACCCUCCUCAGCAUAGGAAGGACCGAUGGGAUGAGGCAGGCCCAGCCACUACCCUGCCUUCCAGUGCUGGGCCUGGGCAGGGCCCCGAGGCUGACGGGCAGUGGGCCACAUCAGAGUUCCGAGAAGGCAAAGGCCAUGAGUAUAGGAACCCGGCUUUUGAAGGGAGACAGAGGGAGCGGUUUGAAGCAGGACCUAAGGAAAAGUCUCUGGAUGAGCCUGAAGCUCCAGGGUUGGAGAGUCGGCAGGGCCGGGCAUUUGAGGAUCGGAGGCGAGAGCGAGAGAGAGGCAGAAACUGGAGUCGAGAAAGAGACUGGGAGAGGAGCCGGGAGUGGGACCGGCAUCGGGAGUGGGACAAAGGCAGGGAUAGGAGCUCCAACAGGGACAGGGAGCGAGACACCGACCGGGCUAAGGAGUGGGACCGGAACCGUGAGAGAAGCAGGAAUCGCGACCGAGACCGGGAAAGGCGGCGAGACCGAGACAGGUCCCGGAGCAGAGACCGAGACAGGGACCGUGAGAGAGCCCGAGACAGGGACCGGGACCGAGGCCGGGACCGGAAGGACCGCAGCAAGAGCAGAGAGAGCCCUCGGGACCUGAAGUCUGAGGCCAGGACCUCUGAUGGGGGCCCUGCCGCAGCCCAGGCCUAGAGGCCAUUGCACUCAGGGCUGGUGAGGACAAAGACCUCGGGUCAGCUGUUAUUAAUAUAGGCUCAGCCUGGCAAAGACCCCUUUAAAAGCCAAGUGCAUAAAAUAUGUUGAGCAAAGAGUUUUUGAAAUAGCUAUGAACUUAGAUGCAGGAUAUAAUAUUCUGGACUUCAGGAAUUACUGUAAUUUUGUGUAUAAUGGUUUGUUACAAAAUUUCCCAACUUUACAAUUCUGAUGUUUUUUUUAAUAACUUAAUAUUUCCAUUUAAAAUUACAGAAAUGGGAAAGUAUCUACAAAAGCAUAUUGCUUUUUUUCAAAUUAUAAAGUUAUCUUUUCCAAUAACUUGACUGGUGUAAGUUUUAAGGGAAUUUCAGUGGACUGUAGAGCUAGCUUUCCUGUGCUGCCAUCUCUGCUUCCAGAUACCCAGACCUGUCAGGGCCUCAGUGCUGUCCUGGAAAGAAAGCACUGUUGAGGGGUGAGCUGGGGGUGUGCUUGCUACUGUGGGAGAACAGUCUUCCUAGGCCUGGUUCCCCACAAUGCAUCACUUUAGAAGUUUUUUCAGAACAUAAUUAGAAGUAAUCCAUCCUAGUGGAAAUUGUUACAUUUCAAAUAACAAUUUAUUUUUAUUGGUCAAAUGUAUCAGCCUAAAAAAAGAAGCAAAGCAGUUCAGAGUAGCUUAAGAGGGAAGAGACAGGAGUCAAUCCGAAAAGCAUUGCUCAGUGCUGUCCUCUCUGCAGAGUCACAGACCUCAGACAGGAUGGGUUUGGAAGCUUCUCAUUGGGACAGGGCAACGUUUGUACCACAUCUGGAAGAGAGGAGGAGGAUGGUAAGACAGACUGCUUCAUGAAAGGCUGCUCUGCUGCUGCCCUCAAGCCCCUCUGAAGAUGCUGAGAAGAUCGGCUAACUUAUUUGACUGUGCAAAUAUGUUUGAUAGUUCCUUUUAUAUUUUCAUAAACUUACUUUUUCAGAUAGAGAAUUAGAGAGCUUCAUUUGUUCUUUGGAGUCUUAUUUCGUUGUACAUCACUACAGAUUUUUUUUUCACUUUAUAGCAAAAAUUUUUAAGUUGAGAUGACAUGGAAAAAAUAGCAGUUUGGGAUAUUUGCUAUUAUAAACCAAAUGUCAGGUUAAAUUACACGAAAGUGUCAGUUUCAACAUCUAAUAAGAUGUGAAGGGGUUUUUUUUAACAUAUAAAGUAAAAUUUUCUAACUUAAAUGCACAAGCAUAAAAAUCAAGUGUGUUUCUUUAGGUUUACUUCAUAGAAAUUUCUGUACAUUGUAUUUUGUAUUGCAGAGUGUUAUAUCACUGUCCAUUUAAACACAGGACUUCAUAGGUUUUGUUACUUGAAGUAGAAUAAAUAUCUACAGAGUU